AUGAUGCUCACAGGUGCAACAUCCUCCUUACUCAGGCGAACCGCCAUUGCAGCUGCAGCCCGCGCCUCGGCAUCACAAGCCCCUGCUUCGCUCGCCGUCGCCUCCACCAGCAUCGCUGCAUCGUCUCCAAUCCUCCCUGCCUUUGCAUUCGGCGGUUCCAUUCAGACGCGUAACUCGACCAAGCGUGGUGGUGGUUCCACCAAGAACAACCGCAACUCGCCAGGUAAACGCCUUGGUUACAAGAAGCAGACAGGCCAAAUCGUGUACCCAGGCCAGAUCAUCUUCCGGCAACGCGGCACCUCGUGGCAUCCGGGCCCCAACGCCGCCAUUGGCAAGGAUCACACCAUCUUCGCCACGGCUCCAGGCUACGUCCACUUUUACUACGCCGAUGCUGCCUCUUCUCCAGCACCGUCCGUCAACGCAGUUGCCACCUCGCUGUCUGGUGUCAAGCUUCCCAUCAAGAAGCCUACGCCCACCCACUUCCACGCCAAGGAGCUCUCCACCACUCCCCACCCUUCUUCCAAGAAGCAGCGUCGCAGAUACAUCGCCGUCUCGCCCAACCCGGAGACUACUUUCCCUCUACCUGUGGGAACACCGCGAGAGAGGCGAUUCGAAAAGAUCGACCUCAACUCGCUCCAGAACCAGAUCGACCAGCUCAAGAUCCACCAACAAGGGAUUGACAACACCGAGUCGGCCCCAUCUUCGGCCUCGGCUUGA